UCCUUCCCGUCCUGGACCCCCCAGCCUGACAAGAGGCUGGGCAGAAACUCGCGAUUCCCAGGCCCUGCCUGUGCACCAGCGGCUGGCGCCAGGCCAAUGACAGUACGGGAGAGGGCGACUCUCCCGGCCGCCUCGGUGGGGGCCGGAACUUCCUGCACUGCAGCCUCGCAGGUCAUUUCCCAGCGGGGAGGCUGAAUCCCCAGGAGCUGGGGACCCCGGGUUGGGGGCAGGGCGGGUGGGGCUGCGCCCGUGAAGCUGCCGCGCCGGCUUUCCCGGACCGCGCGGGCGACAGUGAGGCCGGGACCCCCUCCGCGCCUUUGCACCAGCCGUGACCCCUUGCAACGGGGGUACCCGGCGGAGCUGCGCGCUCUCGGCGCCCCCAGAGCCUGCGCCCCGGGCCCCGUGCGCAUUUUGCACCGGGGAGACUGAGGCUAGGAGUGGGUCAGACUCAGCCAGGAGGGGUCACACCUCGCCUGGGGCACGGCCAGGUGGGUGGCAGCCUCAGCCUGCGAGACCCCCUGCCCCCGCCCCUUGGUCGCCCGCACCGUGGGGUCCUGCUCUGACCACAGACUCCGAUGGCGGCGGCGGCGCUGCGGGACCCCUCGCAGAGCUGCGUGACCUUUGAGGACGUGACCAUUUACUUUUCCCAGGAGGAGUGGGUGCUCCUCGAUGAGGCUCAGAGACUCCUGUACUGCGAUGUGAUGCUGGAAAACUUUGCACUUAUAGCCUCGCUGGGACUUAUAUCUUUCAGGUCCCACAUCGUUUCCCAGUUGGAGAUGGGGAAAGAGCCCUGGGUGCCUGAUAGUGUGGAUAUGACUUCAGCCAUGGCCAGAGGGGCUUAUGGCAGGCCUGGCUCUGAUUUUUGCCGUGGAACAGAGGACAAGGACUUACCUUCUGAGCAUAAUGUUUCUGUAGAAGGAGUGGCACAGGACAAGAGUCCUGAGGCAACUCUGUGCCCCCAGAAGACCUGCCUCUGUGACAUAUGUGGCCUACAUUUGAAAGACAUUUUGCGUUUGGCUGAACACCAGACAACACAUCCCAGGCAGAAACCAUUUGUGUGUGAGGCAUAUGUGAAAGGCUCUGAGUUCAGUGCAGACCUUCCCCAGAAACAGGUGCAGCAGAACGUACACAACCCUAUCAGAAGGGAGGAGGGCCAGGCUUCCCCUGUAAAGACCUGCAGAGGCCACACAUCAGAUCAGCUUUCCACCUGCCGGGAGGGUGGGAAGGACUUGGUGGCCACAGCAGGGUUUCUGCAGUGUGAGGUCACUCCCAGCGAUGGGGAGCCACACAAGGCCACCGAAGGUGUGGUGGAUUUUCACAUUGCACUAAGGCAUAACAAGUGCUGUGAAUCUGGGGAUGCCUUCAAUGACAAAUCCACUCUUGUUCAGCACCAGAGAAUCCACAGCAGAGAAAGGCCUUAUGAAUGCAGCAAAUGUGGAAUCUUCUUCACUUAUGCCGCUGACCUCACUCAACACCAGAAAGUUCACAAUAGAGGAAAACCAUAUGAGUGCUGUGAAUGUGGGAAAUUCUUCAGCCAGCACUCCAGCCUUGUUAAACAUCGCAGGGUUCACACCGGUGAAAGCCCUCACGUCUGUGGUGACUGUGGGAAAUUCUUCAGCCGAAGCUCCAACCUCAUUCAGCAUAAGAGGGUUCACACUGGUGAAAAGCCAUAUGAGUGCAGCGACUGUGGGAAGUUCUUCAGCCAACGUUCCAACCUCAUUCAUCAUAAGAGGGUUCAUACGGGCAGAAGUGCCCAUGAGUGCAGUGAAUGUGGGAAAUCUUUCAACUGCAACUCCAGCCUAAUUAAACAUUGGAGAGUUCACACUGGAGAAAGACCUUACAAGUGUAACGAAUGUGGGAAAUUCUUCAGCCACAUCGCCAGCCUCAUUCAACAUCAGAUAGUUCACACUGGCGAGCGGCCUCACAGGUGCGGCGAGUGUGGGAAAGCCUUCAGCCGUAGCUCUGACCUCAUGAAACAUCAGCGAGUUCACACUGGUGAGCGGCCUUAUGAAUGCAAUGAAUGUGGGAAGUUAUUUAGCCAGAGCUCCAGCCUCAAUAGCCAUCGGAGACUUCACACUGGUGAACGGCCUUACCAGUGCAGUGAAUGUGGGAAAUUCUUUAACCAAAGCUCCAGCCUCAGUAACCACCGCAGACUUCACACCGGUGAGCGGCCUUAUGAGUGCAGCGAAUGUGGGAAAACCUUCAGGCAGAGGUCCAAUCUGAGGCAGCACCUGAAAGUUCACAAACCAGAUAGGCCUUAUGAAUGCAGCGAAUGUGGGAAAGCCUUCAACCAAAGGCCUACCCUCAUUCGGCAUCAGAAGAUUCACACCAGAGAAAGGAGCACGGAGAAUGUGCUCCUUCCCUCUUCACAGCACACACCAGAGAUAAGCUCUGAGAACAGACCUUAUGAGGGUGCUGUCAACUACAAGUUGAAACUUGUUCAUCCAAGUACCCACCCUGGGGAGGUUCCCUAGGAAUGCUAGCUAUGUUGGAAGCUUUCUGGAGACAAGUUACAUUCUCUUACUGUGGAUUUUAUCAGCGUUUUUUCACUGCUGGGGUUGUGAUAGAAGCCAUGUCAGCACCACACACUGCAGCUCUCCAAAGAGUGUGUCCACCACUCCACUGUGCUCAGGGAAGGCAGACCUCUCUCUUUCCAAUCCCUAAAGGGAAUUAGGAGUAAUCUGAAGCCAUGGGAAGAUGUCAUUCCCACCCUGUAUGGCUGGUUUAGCCAUGGACAUGACCGGCUUUUGGCUCUGAAGACCUGAGCAGGGUUUUGCCAACAGCUUGUUCUAGAGAUUUCCCUUUUUCUGGGACAUUGUUGGUCUCUUAUUAUGCCUGUGAAGGAUUUGUCCAGCCUUCAUGUUACUCUGCACAACAACUUAUCUCCUGUGCACUGCCCUGGUUCAUGCGAUGAUAACGGCCUUAUGAUAAAGCCUUUAAUCCUCCA